AUGGCGAAGAAGGGCGGUGCGGCCGGUGGCGGAGAAGGAUCGAAGAAAGCACAGGGUCAGGCGCGCAAGGCCGAUGCCGCUGCAGCGAAGCAGGCAGUGAAGAACCAGCAAGCCGAGAAGGCAGAGGCCGAGGAAUGGAACAAGGGCGCCAAGUCGAAUGCGAAGGCCGAGGCCGCUGCACAAAAAGCCGCUGAAGCUGCGCGCAAGAAGGCAGAGAAAGAAGCGCUCCUCCGGGAGGAAGAAGCCUCGCUCCCCUCGAAGCCCAAAAGCAAGGCACCCAAGGCCGAAAAGAAGCCCCGUGGCAUCGACUCGGCCCUCGGUAGCUUCGACGCGAAACCUGGCGCCCUCAACGCCUCCGGUAUCGACAAUGCGCUCGAUGCUCUAGACAUUACAGGCAACGCGCAAGAUAAGCUCGACCGACACCCCGAGAGGCGAUUCAAGGCUGCGUACGCGGCGUAUGAGGAGCGAAGACUGGACGAGAUGAAGGAUGAGAAGGGUCUACGGCGGAACCAGAAGAUUGAGCAGAUCCGCAAGGAGUUUGAAAAGCAUCCUGACAACCCCUUCAACCAGGUGUCGGCGACAUACAACAUGUCCAAGGAGGAGAUGGCGGCGCUCAAAGAGGCGGAGAAGGAGAAGAAGGAAAAGCGGUUAGUGGGUGUGUAA